AUGCUGCUUCCUCUCAAACCGCUUUACUGGUUCGGAUGCUCACUAACUCCCUUUGCUUUAGAACCGAGGAAAACAAAACCCCAAAUCAAAAAUUGCGGCACUGAGUUGGCGGGGAACUCCGGAAGCUUCUCUUAUUUAUGGAAACCCACGGAAUUUGCGCUUUGUAUCUGGCGGAUAACCACGGAUGUUGAUGGCGGCGUGCACCUCUUCUUCUCCAGACUGAGCGUGAAAUCUAAUAGCUCUUGGAUUCGCGUGUUGGAUGGAAGUACCUGUGAAGCCGAACCGGUGGUUUUCAAACUAGGGAUCGAAGCGACGAAGCCCUUUGAAGUCGUCACCCGUUCACAUACCGCAAUGGUUGUGGCGUACUUUUCCGAAGCAUCACUAAGUGACCAAAUGGAAUGUCAUUUUGCAAGUAAUUCCUGA